AUGGAGAAGUCCUCCGCGUCCGACAGGGAGAAGCGGCGCGAACGCGAGGCCCGUGCCUUAAAGCAGCAACAGCGUGCGACCACUUUGUCCAACUUCGUCUUUGGUCAGCCCCCACCACGAAGUAAAUCGACACGCAAGCCGGACUCAUCUUCCAAAAAAUCGUCGUCAAAACCUGUAUCCAGGCGUGCUUCUGUAGACGAUGAAGCUGCAAUGCCGUCUCCACCGCCUGAUGGUAACCCCGAAGUGACCGAUAAGGCAGCCAAGCUGAUGGGCAUCAACGCGUCCAAAUCAAAACGGGACCGUCCACGUGCUGACAAACGGAAUAAACCUGAUGAUGAGGAUGCUGUAAUUGUUGAUGCUGACCAGGCACGUCAGGCUCCGGAUGUUGUAUCAGGACCCGAUGACCUUGCCUUCGUUGAUGCACCUCCACGCGAGCGACGUUUGAAACGAGCCAACACCGCACCUCCGAAGAAGCAGGAAUCCGGUGGGUUUAUGGGGUUGUUCGGUUCGCUUAGGAAAAAUACGCGCCCCGAAAUGCCAGAUCGUCGGAAAUCCCGCUCAUACCGCGAUGAAGAUGUAAAGCAAUUUACAGAGACUGAACGGGAGGAUCCGCGCCGAGCUCGUCGAGAUGAUCGUCGUCGGCGAUCAAUCAGACCUGAGCCAGAUGCCGAUGGGUUUACCACUGAUGCUGGCGGUGCUGCUGCAGGCGGGGAAACUGAACCUGAAGAUGCUGAAGCACGUAGAGCAGCCCGUCGAUCUAAACGCUCGUCGCGCCAAGCACCAUCCGAUACCCGAGAUAUGGAGGCUGAAGAACGACGUGCUCGACGCAAAGAAAGAGAGCGAGAGCGCGAACAACGCGCUCGUGAAGAAGAGGAGCGCCGCCUCGAAGAACGGCGCAUUCGCCGCGCUGCACGAGAAGAACGACGUCUCCGAGAGGAGCAAGCAGCCCGUGAAGAACAAGCAGCCCGUGAAGAGCAAGCAGCUCGCGAAGAACAAGCAGCCCGCGAAGCCGAAGAAGCUGCCGCCGCCAAAGCCGCCGAGCGCCGUGAACGUCGGCGCCAGCGCGAAGAGGACCUCGCCAGAGCUAAACGACGCCGUUCUCGCGCUGUCGAGGAACAACCUCCACCCCUGGCUCCGGAUGAGUACGUACUUAAUGAGCAAGACGACCGUCGCCGCGGUUCCCGCACUGCCGACGACUCGAAGUCCCGCCGUCGCCGAUCCAAGGUAGUUCCAGAGCAGCCGCGUGCUCCUCUGAUGUCAGGUGGGAUCAAUCAUGGAAAUACCGGUGGGCCCAAGAAAGACAAGAUCUCAUCGUGGGUGUACUCACAAGCUGAAGAGCCGCCCGAGCCACCCCCAAUCAUGCCCACCGUGAUCGACAUCCCUCCCGCAGCCGCCGCCGCAGCCGACGCAGUUAACGCGCACUCUCUAUCCUCCGACGAAGAGGCUCGUCGUGCCGCUCGUCGCAGAGCUCGUCGCCGCGCGAAGUAUGGCGACAUGCCCGAGGACGAGAUCGAUGAUGUCCGCUCCCGUCGGCGCGAGUCUCGCCGUGAAGGCGUGAAAAGUAGCUCUGGCAGUGGUGACUACGAGCGUGAUCGUGGCAUGCGCUCUUAUGGUAGUCGACAUGGCGGUGCUGGUGCUCCCGCAAGCUCAAGUGCUAAAAAAUCUAGCUGGUUCAAGAAGCUGACUAGUUUCUAA